AUGGAGCGACGCGCGGAAUUGGAAGGACCGACGAGUCUCAAUGAGGCGUUGGUGCUUGAGCAACAAGGUGGCGGUCCGUUGUUGAAUCUGAACGGACCUGCGCGAUACUUGUUCAAGGAUCCGACGGUAUGGAGUCAGAUUGAGAAGCCUUUAGUGGAGAUGCGCAUUGAGGAUAUCGUGAAACUGGUGAAACGGCUGGAAAUAGCAUCGGAUCGGGUGGAAAUAAUAAUCAACAGGAUNGCGAAUUUGAAUGGUUUGGUGUUGUACGCGUGCGAUUUGGGUGAGGUGCAGCAGACUCUGAAGGUGUUUUUUGUGUGUUUGUUAUUGCUUUUAUUAUUAUUAUUGUUGUCAUUGUUUUUAAUAUUAUUGUUUUUGCUUUUGUUAUUGUUGUUAUGUAACUGCCGAAGCGUUUGGGAAAGUGUGUUGGAUAGAUUCGCCACAGGAUUUGCGUAG